AUGUGCAAGGCAGACCUAAUAAUAUGGGAUGAAGCAGCGAGGGUACAUAAACAUGCCUUCGAAGCACUUGAUAGAACAUUCAAGGAUCUGAUGAGCAAUCCAAUCAAGAUAUUCAGAGGAAAAACUAUAGUCCUGGGUGGAGAUUUUAGGCAGAUCUUACCAACUACUCACGAAGGAACCAGGAAAAUGACGGUUGACGCCUCGAUAAAUAGAUCGAAGUUGUGGAGAUAUUUCAAAAUCUUCAGCCUUCAUGAGAAUAUGCGCAUAAUUUCGCGAGCUUCAUCUACAACAACAGAAGAUAAAGAAAUAUUUGUUGAAUGGGUACUUGAUCUUGGAAAUGGAAAUCCUCCGGAAAUUGCACUUACCCAUCUGAAAGACCCAACCUGGAUCAAAAUACCAGAUGAUUACCUCAUUGUACCAGAUGAGAACUGUGUGAAACAAAUUUCGUCCAUCAUAUAUUCAGGCAUGCUAGACAGAUAUGGAGAUGCAGAAUACUUAAGUGAAAGAUGUAUAUUGGCACCAAACAACGAGACUGUCGAUGAAAUUAAUCACUACAUUGUUUCAACUUACCCGGGAGAAACACAUCAUUUGUUUAGAUCAGAUAGCAUUACCUCGAUGACAGGAUCCAUUCAACGAGAAGCUGUUGCGUACUCUACCAAAUUUCUGAAUUCCCUGCAAUUUCCAGGAUUCCCGGACCACCACUUGCAACUUAAAAUUGGGGUUCCUGUAAUGCUACUACAGACAAUAAAUGAGAGCAUGGGUCUCUGCAACGGAACACGAUUAGUUGUAAAACAAAUUGGUAAAAGGUUUAUUGAAGGACAGAUCAUAACAGGGAACCGCGUCGGCUUUCAUGUAUCCAUUCCAAGGAUGAUAUUCUCUCCUACAGGCGCGAACUUACCGUUUGUAUUCAGAAGAAGGCAGUUCCCUGUAAAAGUAUGUUUUGCUAUGACAAUCAACAAGAUCCAAGGUAAAACACUACAGCAAGUGGGCAUCUAUUUGACAACGCCACUUUUUACUCAUGGACAGUUAUAUAUGGCAAUGUCUAGAACGACAUCAAAAGAAGGUUCGAAGAUUCUGAUAAAACCAAUUGAUAAACAACCACUAGGUUUUACACAGAAUAUUGUUUACAGAGAGGUCUUCAAUAAUUUGCACCCAGGUGCCAUACAGGUUGUAGACACUCCAACAAGAAUGCAAAUUUCAGAAACUACAAAAUCUAACGCAGUUGUGCUUGAAGUUGUAGAAACUGGAACCAGAAUUGUGACCCAUCUAAAGUAG